AUAGGCAAAUCAACUCUCUCAAACACAAAUCCAUCGGCAGCCGACAGGUGAAAGUAAAAGUACCUGCGCAUCCUCGCAGGGAUAAAGAUGGGCUCAUGCGUCUCGCUCUCGGCGGCGCCGCCGCCGCCGACAGUGGCCACGGCGAAGGUGGUGCACGUGGACGGCCCCAUCGUGCAGUUCGCGACGCCCGUCACGGCGCGGGAUGCUCUGGGCAGCGAUGCCGCCAGCUCCUCGAGCUUCCUCUGCAGCUCCGACGAGCUCCGGUUCGACUUGCCCGCCCGCGCGCUGGCGACCGAGGAGGCGCUCCAGCCCGGGUGCCUGUACUUCGCGCUCCCCGUGUCCAUGCUCCGCCGGCCGCUCUCCGGGCAGGAGAUGGCCGCCCUCGCCGUCAAGGCAAGCUCCGCUUUGGCCACCCUCGCCAACAGCUGCAAAGGGCGGGGUCGUCGGAGCGGAUGAGGGCGAACGAGACGGCGGAUGGAAUGACCACGUCUACGGAAAAUACGGCAC